AUGGAGGUUGAUAAGAAGGAGGAGAUAAAGUCUGAAUCCUCGGAGCCAGUUGUGACUCCAUGGGAAGUGUCCGCCAAAGACGGCGGUAAAAUCGAUUACGACAAGCUAAUAGACCAAUUUGGCUGCCAGAGGCUCGACGAGUCGAUGAUCGAUCGUGUUCAGAGACUGACUUCUCGUCAACCUCACGUUUUCCUCCGCCGCGGCGUCUUCUUCGCCCACCGGGAUUUCAAUGAGAUUUUGGAUGCGUUUGAGAAAGGAGACAAGUUCUAUCUCUACACGGGAAGAGGACCUUCAUCGGAGGCUCUGCAUUUAGGGCAUUUGAUUCCUUUCAUGUUUACCAAAUACUUGCAAGAUGCUUUCAAGGUUCCACUCGUGAUACAGCUUACGGACGAUGAGAAAUGCAUCUGGAAGAACAUAUCGGUUGAGGAAAGUAAAAGACUUGCCAGAGAAAACGCGAAAGAUAUAAUUGCUUGCGGAUUCGAUGUCACAAAGACCUUCAUUUUCUCCGACUUUAACUAUAUUGGCGGCGCUUUUUAUGAAAACAUGGUCAAGGUUGGAAAGUGCGUUACACUUAAUAAGGCUAUGGGAAUCUUUGGCUUUUCCGGCGAAGACUAUAUUGGAAAACUAAGUUUCCCUCCUAUACAGGCAGUUCCAUCUUUUCCUAGCUCAUUCCCGCAUUUGUUCCCUGGCAAAGACAAUCUCCGUUGCCUGAUCCCUUGUGCAAUUGACCAGGAUCCUUAUUUUAGAAUGACUCGUGAUGUUGCACCCCGGUUAGGCUAUAGCAAGCCUGCUCUGAUUGAGUCAACGUUCUUUCCUGCUCUGCAGGGAGAGAACGGGAAAAUGUCUGCUAGUGAUCCAAAUUCCGCUAUCUAUGUGACUGAUACCGCCAAGGACAUUAAAAACAAGAUAAACAGAUUUGCGUUUAGUGGUGGGCAAGACUCCGUCGAGAAGCACAGAGAACUCGGAGCAAAUCUCGAGGUGGACAUACCGGUCAAGUAUCUGAGUUUCUUCCUAGAAGAUGAUUCUGAACUUGAACACAUAAAGAAGGAGUAUGGAGAAGGAAGAAUGCUAACCGGAGAUGUAAAGAAGCGACUCACUGAAGUUUUGACAGAAAUGGUGGAGAGACACCGCAGAGCUCGAGCUGCCGUUACUGAUGAGAUGGUGGAUGCGUUCAUGGCCGUGAGACCUCUCCCAAGCAUGUUUGAGUAG